GAGUGGCCCGCAGAGCCGCGCGCGGGAGGAGGCCGUCCAGGCUCAGGCAGCGCCGGCUCCAUCUCCAGCCGUCCGGGAGGGCGAAGGCCCGGGGUGCGCGCUGGCCCCCAUCAUGCCCUCUGCGUCUACCGCGGGGCCCUUGGCCCUGGCGGCGCCCAAUGCCACGGUGGCGGCAGCGGCGUGGGCCAACAGCAGCGCACCUGAGGUGCCCCUGUUCCACCUGUUCGCCCUGCUGGAUGAGGAGCUGCACGCCGCCUUCCCGGGCCUGUGGCUGGCGCUGGUGGCGGUGCACGGCGUCAUCUUCCUGGCGGGGCUGGUGCUCAACGGGCUGGCGCUGUACGUCUUCUGCUGCCGCACGCGGGCCAAGACGCCAUCGGUCAUCUACACCAUCAACCUGGUGGUGACCGACCUGCUCGUGGGGCUGUCGCUGCCCACGCGCUUUGCCGUCUUCUACGGCACACGCGGCUGCCUGCGCUGCGCCUUCCCGCACGUCUUCAGCUACUUCCUCAACAUGCACUGCUCCAUCCUCUUCCUCACCUGCAUCUGCGUGGACCGCUACCUGGCCAUCGUGCAGCCUGACGGUUCCCGCCGCUGGCGCCAGCCUGCCUGCGCCAGGGUCGUGUGCGCCCUGGUGUGGCUGGCUGCCGGCGCCGUGACCCUGUCCGUGCUGGGCGUGACGGCCGGGAGCCGGCCCUGCUGCCACAUCUUCGCGCUGACCGUCCUGGAGUUCCUGCUGCCGCUGCUGGUCAUCAGCGUGUUCACGGGCCGCAUCGUGUGUGCGCUGUCGCGGCCGGGCCUGCUGCGCCAGGGCCGCCAGCGCCGCGUGCGCGCCAUGCAGCUGCUGCUCACCGUGCUGGUCAUCUUCCUCGUCUGCUUCACGCCCUUCCACGCCCGCCAGGUGGCCGUGGCGCUGUGGCCCGACGUGCCACGCCAGGCCAGCCUUGUGGUCUACCACGUGGCUGUGACCCUCAGCAGCCUCAACAGCUGCAUGGACCCCAUCGUCUACUGUUUCGUCACCAGCAGCUUCCAGGCCACCGUCCGCGGCCUCUUCCGCUGGCGUGGCGCAGAGGGCGAGCCCAGCAUCGGCCACGCGGUCAGCAUGCACAAGAGCUCCAAGGCCUCAGGCCAGCCACGCAUCCUCAGCACCGGCCCUGGCGCCCUCACGCAGGCCCUGACCAAUGGGCCUGAGGCCUAGUCGGCAGGCUCUGCAAGGGGGCCAAAGGUCAGAAGGUCAGGACUGGGCUAGGCGAGCCAGGUCAGAGACUGCAGCCCACCGCUCUGCCCGAGGGGCAGGUUGGGAUGGCCUCGACCGAUGGGUGACGGCUGCUCAGUGCACUGCAUGGAGAAGGAUUCCGAGGCCAGCGUGCUGUGGUUGAUUAGCAAUGUCUGCUGCAGGCUCUGCAGGGGGUGUGGUGGUCUGAAUGCCAGUUAGUUGCCAUCCCUAGGGUGUAUGUUGUGUCCAUUGAAAACUCAGAGGGGUAGCCAGGAGCUGCUUCUCCCCUGGGCCAU